CAAACACUCUGCGUGACAUAAUGAAUAGCUCCCUGGCCAUUUUUGCCAUCAUGGCAUUCGCCCUAGCGGUAGCCCAACAGCCCGAGGAAUCGGCCCUAGCCGGUGGUGCCGUCGGUGGUAACCCGAAUGUGGGCCGCCCUUCAACCGGUGGUGGUGGUGGUGGUGGUGGUCCCGUAAAUUUGGAGCAGCGUACCGUCGACCAGCAGAACCAAUUGCUGGCAACGGCAUUCGCCCGCGCCUUCCCGGAAGAUACACCUGCCGAAUUUCAACCAAUGGUGGUAGCACUGUACGUCCGUUGCCAGUCAGAGCUGGACAACUGUGCGGACUUUUUAUGGGAAACCCAUCUGCUGCGGGAGUACCGCAACUGUGCCAUGACACAACGGCGGCUCUGCACGCAAGAGGUGCAGGAACUGCAGGCCCAGCUGCUGGCAAUGGCCGAUGCGAACAACGAGCAGUUUGAGCUAUCCCCGGAAGAGCAGGAACUACUGGCGCAACUUGAAUACUAGAAAUGGACAGCUGAAUCACUCAACUAAAACAGCCACUAAAAGCCACAAAACGAAAGAGCAAUUGCAAUCUAGUCGAUAAUGUUUAUUGCAAAGCAUCAAUCAGUCCAGUAGCUAGUAGCUUAGUAUUUUAUAUGUACGAAGGAUAUUGUAAUCAAUAACCCACUGUCGAAAACAUUAAAUACACGAAAUUUGAUCUUUAAUUCUUGAUUGCUUUGAUCCGGAGUUCCUAAAUUUCCAUUUGCUUG